CCCACUUGCAGUCAUCCUCAGUUGUGCAACCAAGUCGAGAAUACCUUUGUUGCUCUCUCGCUUCCGCGGCAGUGCAUUUAUUUCUUUCUUACUGUCCGGAAUGAGUGUGUGAAGUGCGAAAGGGAGUGGCCGAAGCUAUGGGCCAGAAGCAGUCCCAGAACAAACUCAGUGUGCUGGACGUCAGCAAUCCUCGCUACGUGCAGCACAAGGCGCAGCUCAAGCUCGACCCUGACCAGGGCAUCGUGCUGCAGGUCCCUGAGCUCGAGAACUACCUGGAAGAGGAGGGGAUACCCUUCAGCGACAGGGCGACAUGGGACGUGCUGCGUUACAUUUACCAGGUGGGCGGUAUGCGCAUGGUGCGUAACACGCUGCCGAUGGUGAAGGCCCGGAAACGCGUGCGACUGGAGCCGACGCCCGACUACGACCUGAGCACGUCGGACGCCGCUUCUGGCUCGGUCACGACCGAGAGCACGCCUUCGGCGCAGCGCAGGAGGCAGUGGAGCGGCCGCGAGGAGCCGGAGCAGUUCCUCCGCAAAGUGGCGUCGCAGCAGCAGGCUCGCACCAGCGUCCGGAAGCUGCCCGAGCACUCGCCUGCAGACGCCAUGUCCGAGGGAGGCGACGACUGGCGCAGCGCGCGCUCUUCCGUGCAAGAAAUCACGAUUCAGUGGGUGGCCGCUGACGAGCCAAGUGGCGAGUUCGUCCGGCCGGCGUCCAAGGUGUGGAAGAGGCCGAUGUCGCCCGAGGUGCAUGCCGACCUAGUCAAGGCGCUCAAAAAGCGUGAGAGCCACGAAACCAGGACGGAGAAGGAAUUCGAGGAAAUCGAGAUCAAGAGAACGCACACUAUCCUCAUCACCGACCCCGACAUGAACGGAUGAGUCUCGCGAGUCGGACAAAAUUUUAUUUACUGUGGCCCCAAGCUAAACCUGCUCUGAGUUAUUUUAACUUUCAACUAAUGUUAUACAUACUUAACGAAUAAAUAUUGUUGCAAAAAUUGUUUAGCACCUUUUUUAAAGUGGAAAUAAAAAUUUGAGAAACAU